CGCGCCCAUUUCCUCUUCCUUCAGUUCUGUUCACUUUCAGUUCAGUAGGUGUCGAGCUCCAUCUCUCCAGCUCUCCUCUCUCUCCGAGUCGCCAGCCGCCACCCAAUCACCAAUCUUCAGUCUCCCACAGUCUCACCGUUGACAAGGACACGCAGCAGAGCCCUCAACACGACGUGACCUCCUCCGUGCUCCCCGGGUCCUCUCGAGUUGGAGGACGCUGACACGGCUUCGUUUAAUUCUCACAAGUAUCUUCACAAAAAGCCUCAUUUUUAGACCUAGCUUGAAGACUUGCAACUUCCAUUGUUUUGUUUUAACUUUUCUCAAGCAAUGAACUUCUCACAAGAUUGGAAGUCCUACUUCCCAGUUUUUUCAUCUCAUGCACCCUUGCUCGUUUCAGAUUCUGAAGGAUCCUCAUUAGGUCCCCUCAUUUUCAACCCCAACCCUCAAUCCCUAACCCGACUUUUCUUCUCCUCUUCUCUCUUACCCCCUCCUAUUCAUAUCCCCUCUGCCUUGCAUUACAACCACCUUGAGAUUCUCAAAUAUGGAAAUGGUGUUCUUCUCUUCUUUCCAACUGGUAAUAAUUUUGAGCGAGUUGGCUAUCUAAUGGUCCAUCCUGAAGGUUUAGAUAUGCAUGUUAAACUUAAUAUUGAUAGCAUUUUUCAAGUCUCCAGCGGAGUAUAUGAUCGGAUAUUAAGGAUUGUAGUUAACCCAAUUGAUAAUUGGGAUGAGUCUUCUUAUAUUGUUCGGUAUUUAUUGGUUUCUACACGCUACACUGUUCAUUGGUUUUCUGUAUGCCGCUACGGUUUAUGUUUAGAGACACCCCGUAUUAUUCACAACGGCGGCAAAACUUUUAAGAAUUGCUCUAUUGUUCACGCUUGCUGGAGUCCCCAUAUAUUUAAUGAGAUUCUUGUUUUGUUACAAAGUGGAGAGCUGUUUUUGUUUGAUUUAGAGCAUGGCAAAGAGAGUCCUCCAAAUUUUAAAGGAACUAGGUUGAAAUGGCAAGGUUCGGGUUUUUCUAAAGAUACUGUUUGGGUGAGUUGUGAAUUCAGUUGGAAUCCGAGAAUUUUCAUUGUAGCAACUUCUCAUGCGGUCUUUUUAGUUGAUGGGACGAAUGGUACAUAUGCUGUAAGUUGUCUAUUGAAGAUUGAGUUGUUGCAAAUGCAUGCCCAAGCUCAAAAUGAAAAGUUUCUGGCACUUUCAAGAGCAGGUCCUGAUAACUUCUACUUUAUUGUGGCCUCUAACAAUUUUUUACUUUUAUGUGACGUGCGAAAGCAAAUGAUGCCUAUAAUACGGUGGUCGCAUGAUCUUGAUAAUCCUACCUACAUAAAUUUGGUAAGCUUGUCUCAGCUAAGGUCACAUUCUAGGAAAGAUACAUUUGAUUUGGCUUCAAAAACUGGAUUUUGCAUCAUAUUGGGGUCAUUUUUUAAUGAAACCUUCAAUUUCUUCUGCUAUGGGUCUUCAUUGCCAUCUGAAGAAGGAUCUUCUACUUUAAAGUUUUCAGAGACUAACAAGACCUUCUAUGCGUGGGAGCUUCCAUAUGAGAUUGCGAUAUCUGGUGAUUAUUGUCGUUGUGGAAGUUGUCUCCUAACAGAAGAGCUAUCAAAAGAAGAGCUUCCUAGAGGGAUUGACUGGCGGAUGAAGAAAGACAUGGUUUUGGGGUUUAGCAUUCUGGACAUUGAUCUUGCCUCAUGCUGUGAACAAGAUGAGUAUGGUGGUUUUACUUUGAUAAGACUAAUGUCAUCAGGAAAGCUUGAAUUACAGAGAUAUCAAGCGUCUUGGGCUACUAAUAAAAGGUUGAAAAAUUGCAAUGGACAGGGGGUGCAUUUCAAUAGAUAUUUGUUUUCUGAUGGUGAUGAGAAAUACAAGUUUCGCAAGAGUUCUGUGUUCCUGAAAUUAGACUACCUUUGUUCAUAUUCAGAAGGUAACCUUACUAAACUCUUGGUUGAAAAACUAAAACAGAAGAAACCACUUGUCAAGGAUGUGCAUGAUGAGGCCUUGUGCGAGAGGCUGAAAGCUUGUAGGGUUGGCUUCUCUGGAUCUUCUACAACUAUUGCUUUAUUUGAAGAUGUAAAGCCAUCAUCAAGCCUCUAUGAGGUUGCUAUAAGAGGAUUGUGGGCUAAAUUGCCUUUGCAUAUAUUACAACUGGCAUUUUCAAAGUCUCAAAAAUCCUUUGCAUCUUUGGAAUUUCUAGCAGUUCCACAUCUUGAUAAAUUACCUCCCUUUUUCUUGAGGAAAUCGUCGCCCCGCAGCAAUAAGUGUUCUAACAAGGUUCAGCAUAAUGAUGAUAAUAAGAGUUCCGAUGAGGUUCAGCAUAAUGAUGAUAACAAAAAUUCCAAUGAGGUCCAGCAUAAUGAUGAUAUUGGGGAUCCAGCAUCCGAUUCUUCCUCUUGCUUUUCUUCUUGUGCUUCAUAAAUUUUACGAAGGGUCUUCUUCAGAUUGGGAAGAUCAUAAAUUUUCAGUAGAAGAGGAGGUUAAGCUUCAAUGCAAAGAAGUUAUGAAGGUGGCCAAUAAGAUAUCUGUUUCAGCUCUUGGUUCUGAGUUUGAUGAUCUUGCGGUAUCCCCUGAUGAUGAUGCAGAAGAGACAUGGGUUGAUUCUUCUAGACCAAAACAUUUCUUGCUUUAUCGUCCUAAUAUAUUUGAAUGGCUUGCGACGGAUCUUCGCAGGAACUUUAUUUCUCAGUAUAAGAUUCAUCACACAUUAAUUUUUAAUGCUGUGGAGAACAAGGCUGUUUCCAAUGAGAAGUCCGAGUCAGUGGGUCAAGGGAUAUCUGAUGAUGCUAUUCACUCUACUGAGUCGACGUCUAAUGCGAAAUUUGGACAUUGUGAUUUGAGGGCAUUUAAUCUAUUAAAGACACAUAUGUUUAAAUGGAAGGAAGGCUUCAACUCAUUCCAUUCGCACUGAAAUCCAAAAGGCAACCAGCAAGUGACCCCGCCGCGCACUAUGCUCCAGGUUGAUUUUUGUUGACAGAACCUGAGAUUUUAGGAGUUGCCACAUUCGGAAACAGGCCUUUAGCCGACUUUUGAAAUUUAUGCAUUGUGCGGGGACGUACAAGGAGAACGAAUGCGUAUGUAUGAAGACUUGUAGAAUUUUGUUGGUCUAGAUUUUGUUGCUUAAGCAUCAAUUUGAUGCUUUUUACUUAUUUAGCUUAAUGUAAUUUGGCUUUUAAACUGUCCUGAUGUUUAUAGCUGUAACUUUGGACAAUUUGUACACGUUGUGGCACUGAUUGUAGUUUCAGUUUACAUCAUGACCUUAUUUAGCAUAAUGUAUGAAGACUUGUAGAAUUUUGUUGGUCUAGAUUUUGUUGCUUAAGCAUCAAUUUGAUGCCUUUUACUUAUCUAGCUUAAUGUAAUUUGGCUUUUAAACUGUCCUGAUGUUUAUAGCUGUAACUUUGGACAAUUUGUACACGUCGUGGCACUGAUUCUAAUUUCAGUUUACAUCA